CAACCCUCCGUCUCUUUCUGAUUCAUUCUCUAAUCUAGAUCUGAUCUCCAACUCCUCGGAAAAGAAGAUGGCUUGGAGAGGACGAGACGAAGCGGCGGACGACUUCGAUGAGUACGAUCCCACUCCCUACGGCGGAGGCUACGACCUUGCGCUUACUUAUGGCCGCCCGCUCCCGCCGUCGGAGGAGACCUGCUACUCCAUCUCCUCCUCCGGCGUUGACUACGAUAGGCCGCAGUACUCUUCUGGAUCUGUCCCCUCCGCUUACGGAGGCGGGGGCUACGAGGCGCCGGAUUACGGUCACUCCAAGACUAAGCCGCAGCCGGCCUAUGGCUUCCAGCCGCAGCAGGAGGUCGAGGAAGGUGGAUCAGGCGGUUACGGUGGCUUCGGCGGCCGUCGCCCCGAACCCAGGCCUGGUUAUGACUAUGGUAAUCAGGAGUACGGAUCUGGCUACGGAGGUGGAAGGCCCAAUCGUGAAGAAGAAUCUGGGUACGGAUCUGGUUACGGUGGUGGAAGGCCCAAGCGAGACGAAGAAUCUGAGUACGGAUCUGGUUACGGUGGUGGAAAGCCCAAGCGAGACGAAGAAUCUGAAUAUGGAUCUGGUUACGGUGGUGGAAGACCCAAGCGAGACGAUGAAUCCGAGUACGGAUCUGGUUAUAGUGGUGGGAGGCCCAAACGCAACGAGUACGGGUAUGAUCAACCAAAGCCCUACGGCGAACAGGGGACUGAGCAAGGGUAUGGAUAUGGAACUGGAAGCAAGUACCAGGGUGGUGGAGAGUACGGAUAUGGUGGUGGGCAGUCGUACCAGAGCGGCGAUAGCUAUGGCUCGAAGCCAAGUUAUGAAAGGCCGAGCUACGGCGGAGAGGAGGAGACUGGGAGCUAUAAUAGGCCAAGCAGAUAUGAUCAAGGUGAAGAAUAUGGACGCCCUAGCUAUGGAAAUCCUGGCUAUGAUCCUGAUCAAGGCGAAGGAUAUGGACGCCCUAGCUAUGGUGGUGACCGCUAUGGUGGGGAAAAGAAGCAUCAUCAACACCACCACCACAGGUACAAUGAUGAUGAAUGAAUGACUUCCACGUUCCUAAAUGCUCUGCUUGCUGUGUUGUCCCAAAAUAUCUACUAGCUAAAAUAAAGUUGGGAAUAUAAUAUGUUUGUGCUUGUUUUACUGGUGCUUCCCCAGAGAGUUUCUAUUUGCUUGCCAUGCAAACAAUAUUUUCAAUAUUAAACUGUUUGAAUGACUGCAAUGGAUUCUAUAA